CGCCUCCGUUUAUCUUUAUUUUCAUCUGAAAUAUUUGAUAAUUGUCACAACAGACAUCACUCUUUAAAAUUUUUGAAAUAGAUUCGAAAUGCGAAACGCCAGCGAUAUUUUUUGUUUAAAUGAAGAUCUCACGGACGGUAACGAGAUGUUUUCCAUCAACGGGUCAUGUCCUAUGAGAUUAAGACGACGACCGAUACCACAACAAAACGACUGCUUCGAAUACGGCCGUUCGAAUAUCGAUAAAUACGAAGGCGGUGAUGCUGAAACCGAGCGAAAAGUUAUAGAAGCUUUAGAUUUGUCAGAAGGAUGCCCCGAUCAAGAUAUCGAUAAAUCUGAUACACCGAGGAGUGUACUGAAUAGUACGAGACCUCCUAGUGAAUGUAGUGCUGUUACCGAUAAUAAUAAUCCGGAUAUACCGGAAAGUAUACAACAAGAUAAAACUCCGAGCGAGUUCAGUGUAAUCACCAAUCGAAAUGAAAAACGAAAUGGCGGUAAUAGAAAAACGAAAAAUGUUCGAAAAAACGAACCAGAUAACGUAUCGAUUUCCAAUAUGUCUCGUAAUCCACUAACCGGUGCCGGAAUGGAAAUAGAACAACACCGAAAACCGAAAAAAGGACUUGGAAAUAAAAAUGAUAAAUGGGUUUGGUGAUUACACUUUAUUUAUUCUAUGCUAUUUUAUUGUACGUAUAUUAAAUAUUAUUUUGAUUGUA